ACCAACUAUCUGCGUCGUUCUCAUUUUUUUUCCUUUUUGCUCUUCCCUCCCAACCAGAAACAGAAGAGGCGAAAGAAAAAAGCAAGAUUUUUUUGGAUCAAUUCAAACUCACCUGCAACUGGAUUUUUAUCUUAGCACAGAGACUAUUGGUCCUUGAUCCCGAGGAAUAAUAUUACAGCACUCCACACAUGGGAGGAAAUUAAUAUAUAAAUUCCAUGUUGAUUUAAGAGGAGGAGCAAAUUUCAAAUUGGGUUUGCUUUCAUCAGAUUCAUUACCGAAGCUUUCUAGGGGAAUCUUCAGCAUCUCAAUCUUGGCCUACGCAACGCAGAUGGUUAUCAAUAAAAUUUGGGGGGGAAAAAAUGGCACACUUUUCUUUAUGAUGUCUAUAUUCUGAUUUCUGAAGAGGUUUAAAUGGUACUCCUAUGCAAGAAUGGAUUUCCACACCACACUAAUUAUUCCACGUGGGAUCUGAAUAUUGAAGGGGUGAUUUGGAAGCAUGUUAAUAAAGCUUCCAAAGUGAAUUAUUUCGGCUGCUUUUGUUGAGUUGUAUAUUGGUCCGGUCUUACCCUGCUCUCAUUCUCAAACAGGGUAACGCCUUUUUAGGAAAAUAUAAGGGUUUGUUGCUGCUGUUCUUGCUGUUUUCUUGAAAAGCAACAACUUUUCCUUGCCAUGGCAACAAGGGGUUUCGUUCUUUCUUUGCUUUGUUGUUUCUUGGCGGCUGUUCUUUCCGUUUUUCUCUUCACCGACUGGAAUGAUACCAACGGCGACCGGAACUCGAGUCUCCUGCACACCCCAUAUGGAUUAAGUAGUGAAAAAGUUUGGCCAGAAUUGGAGCUUAGUUGGAGAUUGAUAUUGGCAACGGUGAUAGGAUUUCUGGGAUCGGCAUGUGGGACGGUGGGUGGGGUAGGCGGUGGUGGCAUUUUUGUUCCCAUGCUUACUCUGAUUGUUGGGUUUGAUACCAAGUCUGCUGCUGCUCUCUCCAAAUGUAUGAUAAUGGGAGCAUCAGCUUCAUCAGUUUGGUACAAUCUAAGAGUUCCCCACCCAACAAAGGAAGUGCCCAUUCUUGACUAUGACCUGGCUCUUCUGUUUCAGCCCAUGCUCAUGCUUGGCAUCACUGUUGGUGUUGCCUUGAGUGUGGUGUUCCCCUACUGGCUAAUCACCGUGCUCAUCAUCAUACUGUUCUUAGGGACCUCGUCAAGGUCUUUUUGUAAGGGAAUUGAGAUGUGGAAGGAAGAGACACUUCUAAAGAAAGAGAUGAUCAGGCAACAGGAAGCUAUAGCAAAUUCCAGGGGUGAACUCCUGAUAGAUUCAGAGUAUGAUCCAUUGGUACCAAGAGAAGAGAAAUCAGAAAUGCAAAUAUUAUGUUUCAACCUGAGAUGGACAAUGAUCUGUGUUCUACUAAUAGUAUGGAUCGCUUUCUUACUCAUUCAAAUUAUCAAAAAUGAGGUAGCUGUUUGUAGUACAUGGUAUUGGGCACUCUUCUGCUUACAGAUCCCCGCUGCAUGUGGAGUUUUUGGCUAUGAAGCAGUCAAACUGUACAAGGAACACAAGAAGAGAAUGAGCACAGGAAACACAGAAGCAAUUUGUGAGGCGUCAAUUCAAUGGACUGCAACAAACCUUGCAUUUUGUGCUCUCUGUGGCAUCUUGGGAGGUACUGUUGGAGGCUUACUGGGGUCUGGUGGUGGGUUCAUUCUAGGGCCACUCCUUCUGGAGAUUGGUGUCAUACCCCAGGUCGCAAGUGCAACAGCUACAUUUGUGAUGAUGUUCUCUUCAUCUUUAUCUGUAGUGGAAUUUUACUUGCUCAAGAGGUUCCCUAUCCCCUAUGCUCUGUACUUGAUGGCAGUAUCUGUUUUGGCUGGCUUUUGGGGACAGUCUUUCAUAAGAAAACUAAUCACAAUCCUGAAAAGAGCUUCAGUCAUUGUGUUCAUUCUUUCUGGUGUCAUCUUCGCCAGUGCUCUCACAAUGGGAGUUGUUGGCAUUGAGAAAAGUAUACAGAUGAUACACAACCAUGAGUUUAUGGGAUUUUUAUCCUUCUGCAGCAGUCAAUGAUCAUUGACCUUGCUUGGAACUUGGUAAAGAUAGAUAUAUGGGUUGAAAUUGUAAAAAUAAUGAUUUGCUAAGGGAACUUUUGUUCUUCCAUGGGGAAAGCAGUUCUGGAUGUUGUCCAAUACCUAGUUGGCCAACUCAAAACCAGCGUUUGUGUAAUAAAAAAAGCAUAUGCUUUUUGUGUCCGUUUGUUGUGGAGACUGAGUCUGAGUUAGCUCCUGGCUGACACAACCACCCCAAUUGGUCCACUAUUAUCCUUGUUUAGUUUUCAUCAUUUAAGUAUUGUAUUGGCUUUGGGCAUUCAAUUCCCAAAGAAAAAAUAAAAUAAAUAAAUAAACAAAUGUUGCAUGUUCUUGUUCUUUUAUGAAAAAUAAUUCGGUUACAAUAAUACUUUUACUUUACC